AUGAAGCACCAAACUUGUGCCGCUUGUAGAUUCCAGCGCAAGAAAUGUACCGAAGACUGCCUUAUGGCCCCAUAUUUCCCUGCAACCAGGUUUCAACAAUUUCUGAAUGCACACAAACUGUUUGGUGUGGGCAAAAUCACCAAAACCCUCAAUAGCGUCUCUCCUCAGCAGAGAAGCUCUGCCAUGUACAGCGUCAAAGCCGAAGCCGAGUACCGUGCCAGGGACCCUGUUGGUGGCUGCUACAAUGAAAUAAAGUCGUUGCUGUGGAAGAUCAGAACAACUGAGGAUGAACUCCAACAUGUACAUUCUCAGCUUUGCAUGUUUCGUGCCGGAGGAGAGAAUGCUAUGGCUCAUCCUUUGGACGGCUAUGAAUACAAUGUCGUUCAAGAUGUUGAAUAUGAUUCGCAGCUUCAUCAUCAACUACAGCAGAACAUUGUUCAAGAACAGAGCGGUGUUGUGGAAAAUCAUCAAGAACAGUGUUUGAUUUAA